GUUCUUCUUCACCUUCCAAAGACAGUGGUGUGUGAAGAAAAAAGGGUAAAAUGUAUCCUGUUCAAGGGUGAAGUGUGUCCUGUCCAUUGUUUUUCACUUAGAAUGUGUUUGAAGAUAAUAAGAGAGUAUGUUGAGAUUACAGAGAUUUAAAGCCAAAGGAGACAGAGAAAAAUAAGGAAAAGGAGAAAUAAACUUUGAUGGAGUGACUGCCAUGUGCCAGGCUUCAUGCUGGGCACACACCUAGACCUUUGAGCCGAUGGAUGUUGAGCGCUGAGGUAUUAUGCAUGAAGCUGAGAGCUUCACAUAAGUUAUUGCAUCCUUCCUGUGAAUGAGAUGUGUACCGGCAGUUGACCAUCCACUCUCCAGACAAGUGAACAGUCUCCCGCAGGUUGCUUCACUUGCCCAAGGCAACUGACAAAGCCUGUCUCCUGCUCGGACCUGCCUGAUGCCAGAGCCUGUGUGGUUUCUGGGAUUCUCUGCUGAAUUCCUGCCCUAUAACCUCUAAGGUGACCUGAUUCUGUGCCUUUGUUGAGGGUUUAAGCAGAGCAAGGAGGCUUGCAAGGGUCCUUGAGCAUUGUGAGGAAACGGACCAGUAGAGAACUGUCCUUCUAUAUCUACUGAUCAUGUUAGAGAUGGAGGAGGUGAGCUCCCUGGCUCCCCUUAGACCUCUUUCCCUGAGCACCAGGGAGGCAGAACCUGGCACUCACAUCCAUGACAUCACUUCCUGCUCUGCGGGGGUCUCUGUGGGAUCUGGGAUUCCUCUGGCCACACUUGGAGGAGCUGCCCUCACUCCCUGUCCCCUGUUGUGCCUCAGGCCCUGGGCUCAUCCUGAUCUCAGCCUGUCCUUCAAGGCCCCCGAACCUGAAGACUACCACACGGGUCCACUCACCCAAAUACAGGUGGAAGCUCCCGUCUCUGAACCUUCUUUUCACUCUUCUCCUAACCCCCUUCCCCAAGCCAGUGUUAUGAAUUUGCUAGUGAUUCUGGGACCCGGAUUUAGCCAGACAGCUGCAAAAGGUCACCCUGGCCCUCACCAUAUUUUGAGGGAUGCUCUCAAGAUUUUUCUACCAGACCCUUGAAGUCUCUUAGACAAGCUUUCCACUGCCUGCCCACCCCUCUGAGUCUCCUCCAGCCUCACUUCUUUCAGGAGUCUCACUCCAGUACAAACUCUUCUCUCCACCUGUUGCCAAGAGGAAUAGCCUCUUGUCAUUCAGCCUCUCUGCCUUCUGCUGAUAAUGGAUCUGUCAUUGCACUUAGUUGUGUUGUUGUUGUUGUGUCAGUCACUCAGUUGUGUCCGACUCUUUGCGACCCCCUGGUAGUCCACCAGGCUCCUCUGUCCAUGGAAUUCUCCAGGCAUAAAUACUGGAGUGGAUUGCCAUGCCCUCCUCCAGGGGAUCUUCCUGACACAGGGAUCGAACCCAGGACUCCUGCAUUGCAGGGGGAUUCUUUACCAUCUGGGCCACCGGGUCAGCCCACAGUCUAUCUACCUUUGUUUAUUUUAAUCUAUGGGUCCAGUGCCCCGAGCCUUCUGUCUUCUGAGCCCCAGACAUGUGCUGUGUUCAUCUCACUGUCCACAAUCCCAGUGUGCUCUGCACCGGCCGGCCUCCUCUGCCUUCCCAGGCACGGCCUGGAACCCCAGUCAUUUCCGUGCAAUUUCAUCCCAUGCCUUUCCUUCCCUGGGAAGCCACGCUGCGGUGGGCCGUGUAAUGUGAGAAGGACCUCUUAACCACAUUGAGUGGCUAUAAUGAGUUGCCAGCCUCAUGGGAACUCAGAUCAGAGGAAAGCAAGAGAGCCGAGUGUCAGCUCAGAUUAUCCACGUGGAGCUGAUGGGAGAGCUGGCUCUUAGUGGGUCCAUUAACUGCACGAACCACGGCCCAGCCCAGAAGGUGAGAUCUGGGCACCGAGGGAGGCCAGGAUGUGUCUGCAUGGCCCCGGCUGCUCUCCUGCCAGAGAGAGGACUCUGCCAAGACGCUCCCCGGGACUGAGUAGAAGUCGCCAGAAAAGAGAAGUGAGGACUAGCUCCUCCAUCCAUCUAACAGCUGAACGUUGAACGCCGAGCAGAGUUUCCUGCCCUCCCAGAGCUUGUGCAUUGGUUGGAGUUUACAAAGUCUGUGGUGAAGCAGUUGAGAUCCCAGCCUCCGUUCACCAUGUGUUUCCGUGUGAAGUUUUACCCUGCAGACCCUGUGGCCCUGAAAGAAGAAAUAACCAGGUAUUUAGUCUUCCUGCAGAUCAAAAGGGAUCUCUACCACGGCCGCCUCCUCUGUAAGACAUCAGAUGCUGCCUUGUUAGCAGCGUAUAUCCUUCAAGCGGAGAUUGGGGAUUAUGACCCAGGAAAACACCCCGAAGGCUACAGCUCCAAGUUCCAGUUUUUCCCUAAACAUUCAGAGAAGCUGGAAAGGAAGAUCGCUGAGAUUCACAAGACAGAGCUCAGUGGUCAAACACCAGCAACUUCAGAGCUGAACUUUUUAAGGAAAGCGCAGACAUUGGAGACGUACGGAGUGGACCCCCACCCGUGUAAGGACGUGUCAGGAAAUGCUGCAUUUCUAGCCUUCACUCCUUUUGGGUUUGUUGUUCUGCAAGGAAACAAGAGGGUCCACUUCAUUAAAUGGAAUGAGGUGACCAAGCUGAAAUUUGAAGGAAAGACCUUUUAUUUAUACGUAAGUCAGAAAGAGGAAAAGAAAAUUAUUCUCACAUAUUUUGCUCCAACUCCAGAAGCCUGCAAGCAUCUCUGGAAAUGUGGGAUCGAGAACCAAGCCUUCUACAAGCUGGAGAAGUCAAGCCAAGUCCGCACAGUGUCCAGCAGCAAUUUAUUCUUUAAAGGGAGCCGGUUCCGAUACAGUGGCCGAGUUGCAAAGGAAGUCAUGGAAUCCAGUGCCAAGAUCAAGAGGGAGCCGCCGGAAAUCCACAGAGCGGGGAUGGUCCCCAGCCGCAGCUGUCCUUCCAUAACCCACGGCCCAAGGCUGAGCAGCGUCCCCAGAACCCGCAGGAGAGCGGUUCACAUCUCCAUCAUGGAAGGCCUCGAGUCCCUGCGGGACAGCGCCCACUCCACCCCGGUACGUGCCUCCUCCCACGGGGACACCUUCCUGCCUCACGUGAGAAGCAGCCGGGCAGACAGCAACGAGCGAGUCGCCGUGAUCGCGGACGAGGCCUACAGCCCGGCGGACAGCGUGCUGCCCACCCCUGUGGCCGAGCACAGCCUGGAACUCAUGCUGCUCUCCCGGCAGAUCAACGGGGCGACCUGCAUCGAGGAGGAGAAGGAGUCCGAGGCCAGCACCCCCACUGCCGCCGAGCUGGAGGCCCUCGGGGGCGAGCUGAGGGCCCUGUGUCAGGGGCGCGGCAGGCCGGAGGAGGAACAGGUGAAUAAGUUUGUUUUAAGUGUCCUCCGUUUGCUCCUUGUGACCAUGGGACUCCUCUUUGUUUUGCUCCUCCUCCUGAUCAUCCUUACUGAGUCUGACCUUGACAUUGCCUUUUUCCGCGAUAUCCGCCAGACCCCUGAGUUUGAACAAUUCCACUAUCAAUACUUUUGUCCCCUCAGGCGAUGGUUUGCCUGCAAAAUCCGCUCAGUGGUGAGCCUGCUCAUUGACACCUGAGAAGGCAUGAAUCCUCCCAAUAACUAGCCAGGUGGACCAAGGAGCCCGGCUACCCAUUCCCAGCAAUGGGACCCAUCGCGGAACCAUCGGCACAUGUACCAAGUCCUCCUCUCAUGACUCAAAAAGUCCACAGCCUAGGAGGGUCGUUUCCCAGAAGAAGAAAGGGGAUAGGCACACGCCUUGUCUAAACUAACUGGGAAAACGCAUUUCCUUCAGAGGUUCUCUCAAGAAAGGCUCAGCAACUCCGUUUCUCAUCCUCCCAAUCUGCAGGAUAAUUUUUGGUUCUGAUUUUUGAUUUUUCAUAGAUGUGUAUUAUUUUGAAAAUAUCAAAAAUAAUUUAUUUUGUUAUUACUGAUUCUCGCAGUAGUGUCGCCCAGCAGACGGGACACUAGUCGGAGACUAGAGGGCUGGCGUCUUCUGUUUACUGCAGGAGCUUCCCUGCUGGGGGCCCAGCAGACUCAUCACUGCAGCCUCAGCGGGGCAGGUCAGGGGCCGGGACAAUGGGGACUGUCUAGGUUUUCUUCCCAGACAGAGCUUUUAAAAAAAAAAAAAGUAAACAUCCAUGUAGAACGAUUAAAUGGAAAGUUGCUUCUUAUGACGGUCUGAGUUGGAUUUUCUUUUCCUUUUCUUUCUUUCAAAUCUGAGCAGAGUGGGCAUCUGAAGGGACCACCACGAAAGCAGCAACAGCAGCAGGGGUGGGGUAAGUCUGUCCCCUUAGACUAGAGCCUAGUGAGCAUCACCAUGAGUUCUGUAUAAUGAACUUAGACUCCCGUGAUUUUUUUCUAAGGACCUCAAGACUUUUACAGUGCUCCAGAAGCAAUAGGUAAAUUCAGUGGUGCCAGGGGUAGACAGCACUGUCAGACGUUGGACCAAGUACAGUUAACAGAAACCAGAGCUAAGGUAGCAGAGAGACUGUUGAGAUCAGACAGCAGUACUUAUUUUGUAUACCCCUCUCCCCCCAGAAAAGACUAUUUCAAUUUAUAUUUUAACAACAAAAUAUUAUUUUCUUAUCAAUUCACCUUUUGUUUUUACUUUAUGGAGUAAGAAAAAUAGAGCCUGAUGAACUUAAAGAUGCAAGAAAGAAACUGAUCCUGAGAAUGAAAAGCUUCAGAAAAUAGAAUUCCAAGAUCAACCAAACAGCCUUGGAAGGGACCAAGAAAAGAAUCUCACUUUUUUUAAACAAGAGUUCUAAGAGAUGCCUCCAAAAGAAGGUGAACGUGGCAAAGACCAACACUUAGCUGUAGAAACACUGCCCCCUAGGGUCAUCCGCUGCACCAGGAAGAUGAAAGCUUGUAGGAAAGCGCUGGUUCUCUUGGCUGAGAGCCGUGGAAGCAGCCGGAAGUGUAAAGGGUGAGUGUGGAGUCUGCGGCCCAAGCUCCACAACACUUACAGCCGCUCACACAAAAAACUUGUUUUCAUCUCAGGGAGAGAUUUCCAAGUCAUCUGGGGCUGGAGGAUGUAGGCAGGACGGUCUGUGGACAGAUUCCUGGGGCACGCAGAACAGAAUGAGUCACAUGCAGGUCUGCUUUGCCCCAGUGUGUCCUCUGAGGUGGCAGAACCAUAUCCAUGUACAGAAUAUCACAGCCAUGGAAUAAACAGAGUUCUUCUUUUUGAAGGUGGGUAUUGCAAAAUUUCAAAUGCCCUUUUAUCUAGACUAAGGGUCGGCAAACUUCUGUAAAGGGCCAGGUGGUAAAUAUGUUUAAAUUUUGGUUUUUGAAGGCCAUACUCUGUAGCAACUACUCCAUUCUGCUGUCUUAGCACAAAAACAGCCACAGGUAAUACAUAAAAAUCCUAUUGGAACACAGCCUUGCUCUUUUAUUUAUAAAAACAGAUGGUGAAAAAAAAAAAAAAAAGACAGUGAGCUGAAUUUGGCCCACAGGCCAGAAUUUGCCAACCCCGAUCUAGACAACAGAACUGUUUCUUACCAGUGUGUGAGCAGGAAGGCCAGCUCUGCUCAGAUUCCUGACAGGUAAAGAUCCAGGAUCAUUUCCAGUAGAGGUGCUGGGCUUGCUUGUUUAAAGGGUGCUCGAACAACCAACCAGCAGAGAUGUCUGAUGCCAUGACGAGCAAGAUGAAGAACUGUUAUGCUAAUACGCAGCCAGAAUCAAAGCCUGGAAGAGGGCCUGUCUGAUCAUUUCCAUACCAGCAACAAUUUGGGCAGAAUUACAAACAUCUGUUUUCCAAGUGGCAAGACAAAAACUGAGGGAGAUCCUAGUAAAGAUCAGGGAUCACUCAGAACCAGAGAGCCACUGCCACUUGUCAUCUACACAGGAAAGGCUUUACUAGCAGAGGACUGGAGUGAAAAGUAGACUCAAAGAGGACAAGGCUGUCAGGAGACAGGGGGCUGGUUUUACCCUGGAUAUCUACUGUCUUAUGCAACAUAGCAGAUUACCUUUUAGUGUAGUGUUCCUACCUCAGUCUGUAGAAUAUGGUGUUUCUAUGCAGUGAGUGAUAGCCUCGACUCUGACCUUUCAUAUUCACAUUAACGAAAGAUGCAGUAUUCCAUAUCAUGGUAUGUUACUUGUAUCUAGAGUUCCAACGGUACAACAGUCCACACCACUUCCAACAGCGGGAUUUGCUCUCUGAACAGAAACUUGUGGGUUAUUUUUUUCCAGAGCUUAUCCUACAAAAUACAGAUAGAAAAGUCUCCUUCAAUUUGCUUUUCACAUAAUGCUUGAAUAACAAACCUCCUCUGUUGGUGACUAGUCUUUUUUGGUAUCUCCCCCAUCAUUAAAAGUUGUUCACGUUUUUUAACCUAGUUUUACUGUGUUCCACUAUGUCUAUUUUCUCUCAAAAUUAGUUUGAUCUCAUUGUAGAAAAAGCAAUGGCUUCCAUAGCUUCAUCUAUCAGAGGAAAUAAAAUUCUUACUGAAGAAUAGUGUACUGCAUCUUUAAGCAGUAGAAGGUAAACUACCUGCAAAUGUGAAUUUCUUAGUUUCAUUAAAAAAUAUAUAUAUAGUUGUUAACCUUUCGUGUGCCAAAAAUUCUAAGUUACAUUUUCCUUCAAAGCAAUGUACUUUUUUCUACAUAUGCAGUAUGUAGUUAGCAUAAAAUCACUGGUGCCAUGAAAAUUAUUUUUAAACUUAAAUAAAUAUUUAAAUAUCAUAGAAGAGAGUGGACUCUUUUUUUCUUUUUAACUGACAGCCGGUCUCACUUUCUCAAGUUAACAGCCCAUAGAUAAAAGGACACCAGUGGGGUUUACACAGCUGACUGCUGUCUGUGACUGGAAUUAUUUAAAAGAAUCACUUUGCAUACAGUCAUCUAUUAUCCUUAUUCCUCCCCCCCAGAUAAAUACUAUUAAGAACUUAGGGACAUAUGUAUACCCAUGGCUGAUUCAUAUUGAGGUUUGAUAGAAAACAAAAUUCUGUACCAGCAAUUAUCCUUCAAUCAAAAAAUAAAUUUUUUAAAAAAGGAACUUAGAAGCUGUAAGUGUGGAAUGAUUUUAAAUAUGAAUUGGACCUCGUUUUUCUGAUGAGGAAAAAACAAGAAAUUAUUUUCCCAAGGUUACACAGUCUUAGAGCCCAGAGGAGACCCUAGACGGUCCAACUUCUGAACUCCUAUUAAGUCUGGAGUAAGAAAGAGAACAGAAAACACUUCCUAUAAAGGGAACAGGAUGACCUCACCACUACAGUGACAAGCCUUGUACUUACAGGUACUUUCAGCAUCCAUUCCUUUAACACUAUCUCAUCUCAUAUCUGUAACCACUCUAUGGCUACAGGCUGGUAAUGGUCUUCUAAAUUCCAUGAGCAUAAAAGAUGAAACCAAGGUCCACUGUGCUACUUAUUAUCUAAUCAUCUUGUUUUCAAUUCUACCUGCCCUCCAACCCUCCAUUCUGCCACUAGAUCAUCUUCUGAAAGCAGUCACCUCCAAAUUUUAAGAGAUUCCUAUUACCUUUAAAAUGACAUCCAGUAUCCUGUCCCCAGUGAAGUUUUUUUUUUUAAUUGACAAAAAUCUUUGCUUAAAGUGAGCUGAAAAGGAAAAAGCAUGAGAACCACUGGAUAAGAGUGGCUUCCCAUGAUGCCACAGAUUCACAGCUGCCGCCCU